AUGGCUUCUGGUACAUCAUCUCUAGAUAGUGCUGGAAGUAGCGAUGGAGUCUUUAAUAUUGAACGGGAUAGUGGAGGCUACGGCAGUGUUGGAAGUCCAGUGGGAGGUCCUGAAUGUCGUAGCGAUUACGACGGAUUGCAGGCACAAUGUGAUCAAGCUAUGCACGAACUCCAGUUCCUUAGACAUAAGCACUCAGAUACAGUUAGACGGAAUGAACAUACUAUGAAAGAGUUGGAAUAUUAUCGAGGACAACAUAUUGCAGCAAUGAAUCAGCUGGAAGCAACGUCACAAGAAACUUCAGCUCUUCGGGGUAAAUAUAGUGACCUUAUCAAUGACAAACAGCGGCUUGAUCGUGAGGUCCAAGCACUACAGAAGGAAGUCACUGAAUUGAGAUGCCAGAAUCAAGAAUGCCUUGUUGUAGAUUCGGGAAACAGUGAUGCUAUUAAUCAGCACUAUUUAUCGGUAUUGAGAAAGUAUGAAGCUCUUAAAGAUGAAUAUGAUGCUUUAAGAAAGCGACAUGAUGAUCUUUUAUCAGCACAUUCUUCUCUUAAAAAUAAGUUUGAGUUAAUUGAAAAAGAAGCAGCGAGGUGGAAAAAAGACCAUGAUGAUGUUAUUCAAGAACGUAAUAAUGCAUUUAGAGAAAGAAAUGGAUUGAAGCAACAAUGUACAGCCGCAAUAAGACAAUGGGAUAUUGCCCUGCGUGAAAGAAAUGAAUACCGCGAAGCAUUGGCAAAGCUUCAACAACAACAUGAAGAAGCGGUUAAAGAAGUUAAUCAAGGGAUGGUCCUUCGCAUAAAAGCUAGUAAAGAUCUAAAACGUCUAACUGAAGAAAGAAAUUCAACUUUACAAGAGUAUAGGUUAAUAAUGGGCGAACGGGACACUGUUCAUAAAGAGAUGGAAAAGCUUGGGGAUGAUUUGACAAAAGCUUAUGAAAAAAUAGCAAAAUUAGAAAAUCAAAACAAACAACAUGUUGAUGAGAAAAAAACACUUUCAUAUCAAAUCGAGACAUUAAGACAAGAGAUAUCAUCGGCUCUGUUCGACCGUGAUAAAUAUUUACAACAAUGUGAAGACUUAAAACAUAAAUUUGGUGAUUAUUCAGAAGACUCGAGUAGAGAUUACAACAAUAGAUUAGAAAUACAUUCUCAUAAUCGUGAACGAGAUAAUUCAAAUAAAGAAAUUGAGAGAGAGACUAGUACUCGAAACUACGCCAAACGUGAGAAAGAACAAAUGGACAAUUUAGAUCAAGCCAAUUUAGAGCUAGAUAAAUUAAGAAAAGCUGUGGAUACUUUGCAAGCUGAAUUAGAGGAAGCAUUACAAGAAGCCGAGGUAUCAAAACGACGACGUGAUUGGGCAUUUAGUGAAAGAGAUAAAAUAGUAUUAGAACGGGAGAGUAUGCGAACUACGUGCGAAACAUUAAGAGCAGAAAGAGAUCAGGCUGUUACCGCACUCGCUAUAGCUCUUCGUGAUUCAGAUGAUAUUAAAAAACAGCGAAAUGAAGCAUCUAGAGAAUUGAAAGAUCUGAAAGAAAAAAUAGAAAAUGGUGAUCAUUCGUUACGAUCAAGUCAAUAUCAUGAUGAUGAUGGUAUGGCUGAGUGGGAUAUUCUUUCAAUUCCCAUCGAUUUUGGUAGAGUUUGUCAGGAUGAAAGAGAUCUAGGUUUUGUUCUUGCUGGUGGUCGUGAAGAUCCAAACUAUCCUAAUGAUACUGGUGUUUAUGUAGCUAAAGUAACUAACGGAAGUGUUGUAGAUGGAAAAUUGAAAGUUGAUGAUUGUAUUAUUCGUGUUAAUAAUGUUGAUUGUUCUACUGAAUCGACGAGAAGAAUUUUAGAAAAUUUACGUGAUUUUGCAGUAGAAUCAUCGGUGACAUUAACCGUUCGAAGAAGAAGAACUACUCGACGAUCAUUGAGAACAAUUCAAUUACCAAUUGGUUCUGUACCCCAUGGUAUAUCUUUAGAGCUUGGAAUUUACAUUGCUAAAAUUUCACCAGGUAGUCUGGCUGCUACAGAUGGAAAUUUAGCUGCUGGAGAUAGAGUUUUAAAUAUUAAUAGUAAACCAAUGGAGGGUGUAACUUCAACUCACGAGGCUAUGUCUAUUUUAAAUGACACUUCAGUUGAUGUAUUGACGAUUACAACCUUGAAGGGAAUAGCCUUGUCAUCAAUACUGAGUACUGAGACUAUUGAUAGUAGUUUUGGUUCUGAUAAACAAAAAAUGGUAAAUAGUUGUUCACAAACAGAACAAGAGAGAAUGAAAGUGAUGUUAAAGGCAACAUCAGAUGAUUAUGAAAGACGUUAUAUUGCGUCCAAUUUUGGUGAUAGAAGUAUAUAUAAAGUAUCAAAAUCAGUUAGUAGUGAAAAAUCCAGCGGAAUAAGUAAUGCUUGGGGAAAUUUCCGUGAAAAAAUAGAUAUUGUCACCGGUAGAAGACAUAGUAAAGAUAGAGAUGAUAAAAAAAAGCGUCAUAGAAAUUCAAGUCCAAAUACAUUUGAACAAGAACAAGAUGCAAUUGCUGAACUCGAUUCUGUCAUUGAGAGCUAUCACAAAAAAACAAAUAAUGGAGUAUUUAAAAGAAGUAAACGAAGAGGCACUGAGAAAAUUGAGAAGAUUGAGAAAAAUGGAGGUACAUGGCCAAAAGCUCGUGGUGGACCUUUAAUCCAAAAUGGUACUGGAACGAUUCUUCAACCUCGAAAAACAAAAGAACGACUUCCAUUGAGUGUACUUUUAAAUCAUCCACCCAAAUACGAAAGCUUCAAUUACAACCGUACUUCCAACCCGGUUCCACUCUCAACGUUUUCAAACGUAAGCAAUCGUCAUACAGUAUAUAAAGCCGUAGAAUAUCCAAUUUCAAAUUUAAGUAAAUCUGGUCAACUUUUUGGUCAGAAAUCAUUUUCUCCUGCUGUUCAGUUUAAGGAUAUGUCACUGGACAGCAAGAAGCCUUCGACGGAGUUCGAGACUACGGAGAAUCGGCUAAGCUCAUCUCAUGCACCUUCAGAGACAAGUAUGGACUUUUCAGUAAAAUCAACAGGUCGAGAGCCGGAUUAUGGUCACGCAAAACGACGUACCCAAAAGCCGUACACUUCAGGUAGUCAUGAAAAUCAGUCAGAUGCUCUACAGCACAAUCGCGUUCAUUCUCAACUGUACCCCCUGGUGACGACUUCAGGAUCUUCUUCAAGUGUGCCAAAACAACAGCUUGCUGGUAAUUUUUCGUUUCCCCCAUACGCGCACUCACAUCCACAUCCACAUCCACAUCCACAUCCACACCAACAAAACUCUUUGCCGUCUCGUUACCCCUCACCACCGUCCUUGCCUUCCGCACAGUCUGGAGAGUUUAUUGGACUUCCAGAUGUACGAUCUUUUUGUUUUGAGCCCCCUUAUAGUCCUGGACAACCAGGAUUUGGUCAUUUACAUACACCAUCUGUAGACUUGCACUAUCACAAAUCUCGAGGGCAUCCUGCAGGUAUCCCAUAUGAUUUACCUGGAUACACUCAUGGUUAUGAAGGAGGGACUUUUCCAAGGAAAAAAGAAAAUCAGAGGUUUAGAAUACCAUCAAAUCCUAGUGUUACAUCUAAAAGUAGCGUUGGAAAAUUAUCCACGGGUAGUAUUGAAAGAACAUCCGAACGAGGUAGUCCUAUGCCAACAUUUCAUGUUGAAGUUUUGAGUCCUGGUAUUGGAGGUACUAACGGAGGAAGAGCUGUGCGGGGAAGUUUUAAUGUAAAACGAGCUAGUAUGCCUGAUUAUUUUACCCAACCACGACCAGCACCAGGAGAACUCCGAAGAGUCCAUAUUGAUAAAUCUGUUGAACCUCUUGGAAUUCAAAUCUCGUGUUUAGACAGUGGUGGUGUCUUUGUUUCCACCGUUAAUGAACACAGUUUAGCUUCACAAGUUGGAUUACAAAUUGGAGAUCAACUUCUUGAGGUUUGUGGUAUCAACAUGAGAAGCGCUACUUAUGAAUUAGCUGCACAUGUACUCAGACAAUGUGGUAAUUCUAUCACGAUGCUGGUCCAGUACAGUCCAGAUAGUGAGUAUCUUCAAGUUUUGUGGGAGAGAAUAAAAUUUCAAAAAUACAAUGAGCUUGAAGGUUCAGGUUCUUCAAGUUCUUCCGAGGCAGGUGGAGAGGAAGGUGCUAGUCGAAGUGGAUCACCAACUCCUUGCAACAGUCCUGAAGCACUUCGAAAAACAACUUUAGAGACUCUCGAACCAAAUAAACUUGAACGAGAAAAAAUAAACACUUUAAUGCCACCAUCACGAGAGCGAGAAGUUCGAAGUUCAGCUUCAAUGGAAGUUCGUGGAACUCAAGAGCGUGAAAGAGAAAUUCGACAAUCAGCAUCAUUAGAUAUUAAUAUAAGAAAACCUGAGCUACGUAAUUCAGCAACAAUUGAUUCUUUACGGAGCGCUGGUAAUACUUUAACUCGAAGUCAAAUAAAUCAAGCGGUUACAACACUGCAGCGGCAAAAUGCUACAGUAAGAAGUCCAACACAAGAGGAACAAAAUCAAAAAAGUCCACCAACUAUUGAACCUCGAUAUUUAUUUAUAGAAACACGUAAAUGUUCAAAUCUUGGAAUUUCUUUGGUUGGUGGUAAUGGUGUUGGUAUUUUUGUUCAUUCAGUACAACCAGGUUGUCUCGCUGAAGAUGCUGGACUAAGAACCGGUGAUAGAAUUUUAGAAUACAAUGGUGUUGAUUUACGACAAGCAACUGCAGAACAAGCAGCACUUGAAUUGGCACGACCAGCUGAUAAAGUCACUCUCGUUGCUCAGUUUAUGCCGGAAAGGUACAACGAAGUUAAAGACAAACCCGGUGAUAGUUUUUAUGUCAAGGCAAUGUUUGAUCGAGUAGGUGAAGUUGGUGACAGUUUACAAUUACGAUUUAAAAAAGAUGAUAUUCUAUAUGUUGAUAAUACAAUGUUUAACGGAACUCCAGGACAUUGGAGAGCUUGGCUUGUCGAUAAAGCUGGUAGAAGACAACAAUGUGGUAUUAUACCGAGUAAAUUUAAAAUUGAAGAAGAAUUAUUGUUAAGACGAUCACUGGGUGACUUAGAAACUGAUACAGGAAGGCGGGGUACUACCAGUGCAAGAAGAAGUUUCUUUAGACGGAAAAAGCACCACAGAUCGUCAAGUAGAGAUAGUAAAGAACUUUCACAGCUUACUGGAGUUAACCUUGGAUGGUACAGUGACAGUGGAACUUUGAAUGAAGAAAAUGUACCAGCUAGUUAUCAACGUGUUGAGAGAUUAGAUUAUCCAACAUUGCGACCGGUAUUGAUUAUUGGUCCAUUAAAUGAAUGUGUAACAACAAAAUUACUUCAAGAAUUUCCUGGAGAGUUUAUUCGAUGCAUACCAGAAGCAAUGCAUUGCUCACAAGCAACUCUUGAACAAGGAAUACGAGAUUUUCAGUAUGUUGAUUACAGAAAAAAAGGAAGUUAUUUUGAAUAACGUCUUCAUAGGCAUCAAAUUUAUCCAAUAGUUUUGUUAAUAAAGUUCAAGAGUACGAAACAAAUAAAAGAAGUUAAAGAUUCGAGAUAUCCUAGUGAUAAAGUAAGCGCCAAAGCAGCAAAGGAAAUGUAUGAACAUGCACUUAAAUUAGAAGCUGAAUAUCGUCAUUACAUUUCUACUGUUAUCUCUGCUGGUGUAAAUAUAGCAUACAUAUGUACGCAAGUGAAAGCCGCUGUUGAUGAAGAGCAAAGUAAAGCACUUUGGGUACCUCGUGGACAAACUUGA